AAUCAAAGUAUGUGCCCAAGUCCGACUCAGCUGAGUUUUGUUUAUAAAUACGGGCAUAGUAGACACAAAAUAGACACUGCUCGCACCACUAAUUACAGAUCACAGGUGAUCCUGAUCGAAGAAAAAGAAGAAAACAGUUAGAGGUUAUGUAUAUGAAUGUUUUCAAAAAUACCAAUAUUUAAAAUUUAAAAACGCCGAUUGUCAAGUGAAAAUCAUUUAAUCAUUAUCAUUUCUUUAAUCUAUUAAUAAUCAGUAAAGCAGAUAGUAUAAUUUAAUAAAGCGCCACAACUUACAGUAACAUUUAAAAUAAAUUUAAAGUUACUGCUUACGUGUCGUAUCUAUUUACGCAUUUAAUAGUGCCACAGUGCCAGUAUUAUUGCCGAAACAGACAGUGAUAUCGAUAAACUGUGUGGAAUUGAAAUAUUCCAUAAAUCAACUUUUAUUUAAUUGCAACAUAUUAUCAGUGUUAUAAUGGCGCCUGAUGCAGAACGCCUUGAUAUAAUAUUACUAGGCGCAACAGGUUUUACAGGCAUACACUGCAUUCCUUAUUUACACAAACUAGCAAAGGAGAAUGGAAGAAACUUGUCAUGGGGUGUAUCUGGACGUUCAGAAGAUAAAUUGAAAGCUGCCCUAGAUAAAAUGGGAGGUGAAAUUGAAGCUGAUUUGUCAGGCAUACCAAUCAUCGAGUCAGACAUUAAAAAUGACGAAUCCCUCCUAAGAAUGGCUAAAAAAGGCAAAAUUGUUAUAAAUUGCUGUGGACCUUAUCGAUUUUUGGGUGAGCCAGUAGUUAAGGCAUGCAUUGAAGCUGGUGCACAUUAUGUUGACGUCAGUGGAGAGCCACAGUUUCUGGAAUCUGUACAACUGAAGUAUCACAAGGAUGCACAGGAAAAAGGUGUAUAUAUCGUGAGUGCCUGUGGCUUCGACAGCAUCCCUUCCGACUUGGGACUGGUAUUUGUCCAGGACAAAUUCCCAGGUACUCUAAAUUCCGUUGUGUCAUAUUUGGAAAUGUGGGAAGAAGGUGAAAUUAGUCCUGGUCCAGGUGUUAAUUAUGGUACUUGGGAAAGUUUGGUGUACGGUUUGGCUCACGCUACUGAACUGUCAAGCAUUCGCAAACAUUUGUUUCCAGAGCGAUUACCCACUUUCAAACCAAAAUUGCAACUUAAAACUUUGCCACACCGUCCUUGUGUAGUAGGAGGUUGGGCUUUGCCGUUUCCCGGUGCCGAUCACUCCGUGAUGAAAAGAAGUCAAAGAUAUAUGUAUGAAAACGAGAAUAAACGACCUGUCCAAGUGGAUACGCAAGUGGUCUUCAAAAGUUUUUUCUUGGUGAUUGCUAUGAUUUUUAGUUUCCUGCUAUGGUCGUUAUUGGUCAAAUUCAAAUUCGGCAGAGAUUUGCUACUAAAUUAUCCCCACAUAUUCACUGCCGGCUUGUUCAGGAAGGACCAGAAUCCUUCUGAAGAAAAAAUAGCCAAAACCUUGUUCCGAAUAACGUUUUAUGGUGAAGGUUGGGACCAAAAAUUGGCGAACAAGAACGACCAAUAUUCAACACCGCCGAAUAAGAGCAUUGUUGCCAGAGUUAACGGUAGAAAUCCAGGAUAUGGUGCGACGUGCGCUUGUCUCGUCGGAGCCGCUGUUACUAUCGCUGCUGAAAAAGAUAAAUUACCCCAAAAUGGUGGAGUAUACACUCCGGGAGUUGCAUUUGGAAAGACUUCUCUAAUUGAACUAUUGAAUAAAAACGAAGUUACAUUUGAAGUAAUAUCUCAGAAAGACAUAUAAUUUCUUUAACUUAAACAUACGUAUUUUUAAUGAAAUAAUUACAUUUUUUUACUGUUAGAGUUACUAAUAUUGUAUUUUUGUUAUUACUACUUAUUUAGCUGUGGUUAAUAAAGC